AUGUCCCAUGAAGCGAGGAUGGAAGUGGGAGUAUGCGUGCAGUGCACUGCAGUGAAACCAGCACGUCCGAGGCACCACUCGCUGUUGAGGGGCAGCUCGAAGGAGGAGAGGAUGGUCCUGGCGGCGGGAACGAUGUCGAUGGACAGGGCGAGCUCGGUGGAGAUCCUCGAGUACGACCCGACAACGGAGGGCUGGGUUGGGAAAAUCCUAUGGGCACCGCCGAUGGAGAACUAUGUGAAGCAGACAGCGGAGGAAUUCGUUUCAUGCUCAGACCAGCUCCGGUUGUGGCGAUGUGAACAAGGCCGAGAUAAGGGCUUCAAGUUGGCUGGGAUCUUCCGACCAGCACCGGGAUGCUCUGGUGGAGGCGCGCCCUGCUGUCCAUAUUCUGGAGUUGCAUGGAGUGGCGAUAGGCUAGCGGCCUGUACACGGUCGGGGCUGGUCAUGGUAUGGAGUACCACAACCUACGAUAUACUACGCUGCUCGGACUUCGGCAACGACACGUCCAACCCUAUGUCCCUAUGUGACGUGAGCUUCGUGGCAUCGGAUGUGCUGGCAGUCUGCAACACUAAGGGGGAGGUGCUCCUCAUGGAUCUGGCUGAGGAGGAUGCUGAUGAUGCUGCUGUAGUGGUCCAGCGCUCACCGGAAGAGUUCCCCGAGCAGAUGAUUUGUUUCGCGUCGAUGUCCGAGCAUGGGAGACUUGGGCUGGUGAUGCAGGAGACCGGCGAGAUCGUUUGUUAUCGUUUCGAAAUGCGGGGUGAAGAGGGCAAGUUGCGGUAUCUGGCCACAGUUUAUACGGAGGCGUCUGUGGCGGCUGCAACCUUUGCCUCGUUUGAAGAGCCUACAGGGCCAACCCUAUGUACGGCCAAUGACAACGGCACUCUAUCGUUGUGGAAGUGGCCAGAAGAAGGUCCUCGUGGCCCUUUCCCAGCAGCCCGGAUGCGUCCUCUUUAUCAAUGGUCGUUGAGCUUACCCAAUAGGGAAGGACUUGUCUCCACUGUGCAAGUGUGCUCGGAGAAACAGCUGAGCCCCCCGAGCGGGUGUGGACAGGCACUGGUUGUUAGCACAACGGGCGGCCGUGUUGCCCUCACUUUCUUGCCGGAGGAUUUGCCUUCUACGUGGGAGGACCAGGAGUCUCCCCGACCAGCUGCCAAGGCCCCAAGACUGAGUACGGGCUCAUCGGUCCAUACCCGAACACGAACGUCCUUGGGUGUUGGAGUCCUCAACGAUAAGGUCCCCCUUAUCGACGCUGGCAGCAGAGUGAAGUUCAAGCCACGUUUUCGUAUGUGCCUCUUCGCCGCAACCAAAUGCUUCCUCAUCAGCAUAGCAAAAGAACAUGAGACUAAGGGCGACUGA